AUGUCUCGCGUGGUAGAUCAAAUACCAACACCCACUGAGGUCCGACGAAAGAAGGUCAUUGUGCUCAGUUUAAGUCGAUCUGGAACUCUUGGUCUUUAUCGCGCACUGCAAAUCUUGGGCUUUAAACCAUACCAUGUUUACGAAUGUUUCAUUGUCAAUGGCACAGAGCAUACCAAGAUAUUCACGGAGACCGCAAUUGCUCAAUUUAACCGCCUAUCCGGGAUUAAGAGAGCCACGCGUGCAGACUGUGAUAAAUGGUUUGCCAAUUAUGAUGCUAUCGUUGAAGUGACAAGCUUGUUGAGCACCGAAGUCCUAGAGUCUUACGCCAAAGACCCCGACGUGAAGUUCAUUCUCACCGAAAGAGAUCCCAGAAAAUGGGCUUUGUCAAUCAACAACUCUGGCGGAAAGGCAUUUCAAGCCGUCAGCAGCUUUCCGUUGAACAUCCUGAAGUAUUUUGAUUCGCAGCUGUACCAUUUCAUCGAGCCGCACCUCGUCAUGUAUAAUGCCUUUGCAUCUGGCACUCGCCCUGGAGAUACGGACAACGAAGAAGUACUCUGCCAGUUCUACAACGAUUAUAUUCACAUGGUCAAGGCGACUAUUUCUGCAGAUCGUCGACUUGAUAUCCAAUUAGACCGAGACGGGCUGGGUUGGGAUGAUAUUUGCUCUUACCUCGAGCUUCCAAAACCUGAACAGGACUAUCCUGACCGUAACCAACCUGCCAAGUUUCAAGCCUUGUUUGAGGGUUUUUUGAAACCAAGGGUUGCCCUCGCAGCAAUGCGAUGUGGUGCUGUUAUUGUAGCCACCAUUGGGGUUUGUGGAUGGGCGUCCAUGAAGUACGGUCCAUUAGUCCUUCAAAAUGUUACUCAUUGUGCACGAGCAUGGUGA